AUGUCCCUUCCAGCGACCACAGCACUUCCGGAUCUCAAGGCUCGCCACCAGCGGUUUUUUCGAAAUCGGCAACGAGGCGUCAGGCGGAGGGGUGACGAUGGGCUUGUGAAACCAUCUGACGACGAUUCGGUGUCGGGCGAUGAUUCGCCAUCGGAUGAUGAUGCCAUCAGCACCGGUAUCAAAAUCAUCGCCAGUACCUCCGCAGUGACUUCCUCUCAAGCAACACUCGCUAUAACCACGGCCGCACCACUUGCCGUAACUACGAGUUCGAGUGUGGUGACAACUAGUGUGCAGACUACCACGAGUAAACAGAGUACAACUAAUGUGCAGGCCACCACGAGUAUACAGAGUACAACUAGUGUGCAGGCCAUCACUGCCGUCACAACCCUCACGAGUGUACAAACUCUCACAAAAGAAACGGCAUUGUUACAGUCAAGCGCCCCCAUGGCAAUCCCCGCAACUACACCCGCUCCAGAGGUGCUAGGAACGUCUACCUCUAGUUUCCCAACAACCAGCUCGGAAAGACAACUGGUUGCAACAACGCCAGCCGAGGCGGUAGGGUUAGGCAGUGUCGAUUCGCCGACAGCAACGAAAAUGGGCGGGGGCGCUAUCGCCGGUGUUGUGUUUGGAGUUCUUGUGGGGGUCUUGGCCGCAGUGCUCUUGCUCUGGCUAUGUGUUCGGCGGUCAAGGAAGCACCAACAAGGUGAUGAGUUUAAUGAGAAGGGAGCCGGGUUGGGUGCAUUUUCAGGUUUGGGGAACUUUAGGAGAAAGGCGAGAUCCAUCGAGAGAUCGACGGAGAGUAGGAUAUGGGGAGGGGCAAGCUCAUCCGGGCCAAGAACGGAAGCAGGGGAGAUACCAGCAUACGCCCCGGCAUUUAUGCAACCAGGCGGUAUCCACGCACCGUCGAACCUUGAACGCGGGGGGGUUGGUGGCUCGCUCCUCUCGGAACAACUGCAGCCAACCACUCGGCCUUAUACUUCAAGGAUAUCAGAUCCAAGGGCCCCGCCAAUUUCGCCCCCUCCUCCCAUCUCCAAAGACACUGGAAGGGAGGAAGUGGCCAUGAGUGACGAUGGCCUGGAGAGGCCUUCAACUCGAUGGUUCGCGAGAGACUCGGUUUCUAGUGUGCCGAGAUUCAGAGACAUCAAAUCUUGGGCUAGAGACCAGACCACGAGGACGGCUUCAAAACUCAGUUCGAGUGCAAGUAGUGUCCAAACUGGUGUUCCCAACAUGCCGACUGGUCCGUAUAAUCAAAUGUGA